AUGUCCUUCUUCUUCAAGCCGUCGUCGCAGUCCAAGCCGGACCCGGCGGAGCUCGCCGGGGCCAUCAAGGAGAGCUUCCUCUCUCUCGACACCACCACCAUCGCGAAGGCUCUUGAAGAAGUCGAAAAGAAUGUCCUUUCCAUGAGGCAAAUGCUUUCAGGGGAUGCAGAAACCGAACCAAAUCAAGAUCAUAUUUCACAGUUGGUUGUUGAAAUAUGCAAAGGGGAUGUUCUUGCUCUAUUCAUUCAUAAGUUGCCAACUUUGAGUUGGGAAGCCAGAAAAGAUUUGAUGCACUGUUGGUCCAUUUUAUUAAGGCAUAACGUUGAUUCUAGAUAUUGUUGUGUGGAAUAUAUUGAGAAUCAUUUGGAACUUUUGGACUUCCUCAUUAUCUGUUACAACAACAAAGAGAUUGCGUUGAGCUGUGGUAACAUGCUGAGGGAGUGCAUCAAAUAUCCAACUCUUGCAAAAUGUAUCCUGGAAUCAAGGAGCUUUGAAUUAUUUUUCAAAUAUGUGGAAUUGCCAACAUUUGAUAUUGCUUCGGAUUCUCUUGCUACCUUCAAGGACUUACUUACGAAACAAGAAAUGAUAGUCUCUCAGUUUUUGAGUUCACAUUACGUUCAGUUCUUUGAGCUUUAUGAAAAGCUAUUGACAUCUCCUAACUAUGUAACAAGAAGACAAUCCUUGAAGAUUCUCUCGGAUUUCCUUUUGGAACCCCAAAAUUUGCAAAUAAUGAAGCGCUACAUUUUAGAAGUUCGGUUCUUGCAUAUUAUGAUGGCAUUACUAAAGGACACAAGCAAAAAUAUCCAGAUUUCUGCCUUCCACAUUUUCAAGGUAUUUGUUGCUAAUCCGAAUAAGCCACGGGAAAUUAUUGAGGUUUUGAUAGACAAUCAUGACGAGCUGUUGAUGUCACUGCAAAAUCUUCCCAUGAGCAAAGGUGAAGAUGAUCAAUUUGAAGAGGAGAAAGAUUUAAUCAUCAAGGAGAUUGAAGAACUUUGCAAUCUAUCGAAGGCCACGACGUCAUAGAAUGAUACCUCAUAUCCUCGAUUGCUGAGGUGGAUCUCACUCGUAUCGCCCACCAUCAUUGUGGUCGGAGGCCUAGUGUGAUCUGACAUGCAGCUCCGCAUUGGAUCCUAUCAAUUCUUGCAAUCACAAGACAGAUGUUAUAUGCGACAGGUAAAAUAUCUCUCUCCCUCCGCGGCUAUACCGUUGCUAACAUGAUCCAUCAAACCAUAGUUUGAAGA